AUGGUUGUGGGUGCCCUGGGCCGACUGAUACCCAAUGUAGGAGGGCCCAGAGCGAGUAAAAGGAGAGUGGUAUGUAGUGUCGUCCAUGGGAUUUUGUUGUUUGGGGAGAAGGGGUGGAUCGCUGGAUACCGCAUACAGAAGUAUCUACAGAUGCUUCUGGGUAUCCACAGAAACAUGCUUCUGCAGGUAUGUUGUGCGUAUCGCACGGUAUCCUGGAAGGCACUGUGCGUGCUGGCUGGGAUCCCUCCGUUGGACCUACUGGCGGAAAAACAUCUUCCUGAAUGGAAAAGAAGGAAGAACAAAAGGCUGAGAAAGUCGAGUUCGACAACAGGUAUCCUGCAAGGGUCUGUACUGAACCCCUUGUUGUCUACUUGGGAAACCAAAAAAACUGGCAAAAUUGAAGAGAGAACUGUGUCGGCGGCAAACCAAGCGGUAGUAGGAAUCCCACCAAACGAUCUUUUGGUGCGGGAGCGAGGGAUACAGUUGUAUCUGGUACUGAAGAUUCUCUAG